AUGUCUGACAACACAAAGCAGAGCAAUAGUAGUAGCAAUCAGAACGACAACAAUAUUAGCAAAGGAUAUGAUGCAAAAAAGGAGAAAGUAUUAGAAAAUAAAAAAUGUAGCAACAAUAGCGAUUUUUCAAAAUGUGACAAUACUUAUAAAGAUUCUAUAUCACUUAAAAGAGAAGAUAAAAGUAUAGAAAUGGAAAAACCACGCGAUAAUAAUUUAGUAUGUAAAGGAUGUGGCGAAAAUCUAACGAAAAAAUUGAGUUGCCCUGUAUGUUUAAAGAACAAAAUAAAUAGCUAUUUUUGUAAUCAAGAGUGUUUUAAACGCUCUUGGAAAGAACAUUCUAAAAUGCAUAAAAGUGAAAAUGAGAAUAAUGAAAAGAAUGCAAAUAAGGAAUCAAAACAAAUUGAAAAAAACAAUUGUACAGAAAUAACAAUAAAAGAAUUAUUUCCACAAAAUUAUGACCCUAGUAAUAGAAAAUAUUGGAUUUAUGAUAAUCAUUUAAGCAAUUUUAUAAAUUAUGAUUUUACUGGAAACCUAAGACCAUGGCCUAUAUCAAAAAUGAAUUAUGUACCUGACCAUAUUGAAAAGCCAGAUUAUGCCAUUACUUCAAUACCUGCAUCAGAAUUGAAAUAUAAAAGAAAAAGUGAUAUAUAUGUAAAUAAUAGUGACGAAAUUGAAAGAAUAAAAGAAGCAUGUAUAUUAGGUAGGAAAACUUUAGACUAUGCGCAUUCAUUAGUUUGUCCAGGAAUAACAACUGAUGAAAUUGAUAAAAAAGUUCAUGAUUUUAUAAUUAAAAAUAAUGCAUAUCCAUCUCCAUUAAAUUAUUAUGAAUUUCCAAAAUCAUGUUGUACAUCUGUAAACGAAAUAGUAUGUCAUGGUAUACCAGAUUAUAGACCAUUAAAAAAUGGAGAUAUUAUAAAUAUAGAUAUAAGUGUAUAUUACAAAGGUGUACAUGCAGAUUUAAAUGAAACUUAUUUUGUUGGAGGAAACAUAUCAAAUGAAGCUAAACAACUUGUAGAAACUUGUUAUUUUUCAUUAAUGGAAGCAAUUCAAAAAUGUAAACCUGGUAUGUUAUAUAAAAAUCUUGGAAAUAUUAUAGAUGCUUAUGUAUCGAAAAAAAACUUUUCAGUCAUUCGUACUUAUUCAGGGCAUGGGGUAGGAAAAUUAUUUCAUUCAAAUCCAACUAUACCUCAUUUUAGAAAAAAUAAAGCUGUAGGAAUAAUGAAACCAGGUCAUGUAUUUACAAUUGAACCUAUGAUUAAUCAAGGCCAUUAUGCAGAUGUGUUAUGGCCAGAUAAAUGGACAUGUGCAACUGCUGAUGGAAAAUUAUCAGCACAAUUUGAACACACUUUGUUAGUUACUCAAACUGGAGUUGAAAUAUUGACAAAAAGAUUCCCUGAUUCCCCAAGCCUUGGAUUUGAUACAAAGGAUGAGCUAUACAUUAUGUGA